GGAACGUGUGUGCACUGGCCAUAUCAUGGAAUGUCGCGGCAUCAACAUUGACUUGUUCAGAACCUUGUCGAAGGACGACUUCACAAUUUCACAUUGACAACGAAUUCCACAUACAAGACCAGGUAUCGUAGAUUUUUGAAAUCAAUAUUAACCAACCAUCAAUAGCUGCUAUUGAAAAUGGCCACCGACGUCGCUGUUGAAACCACCAUGGGCACCUUCACCCUAGAACUCUACACCAACCACGCCCCCAAAACGUGCAAAAACUUUGCCACUCUCGCCGACCGCGGGUACUACGACUCCACCGUCUUCCACCGAAUCAUCAAGGACUUUAUGAUUCAAGGUGGCGACCCCACGGGAACCGGCCGGGGCGGUUCCUCCAUCUACGGCGAGAAAUUCGAAGACGAGAUCCACCCUGGCCUGAAACAUACCGGCGCGGGGGUGUUGAGCAUGGCGAACGCGGGCCCGAAUACCAACGGGAGCCAAUUUUUCAUCACGCUGGCGCCGACGCCUUGGUUGGAUGGGAAGCAUACGAUUUUCGGACGCGUGAAAAAGGGGAUGGGGGUUAUCAGAAGGAUGGGCAUGGUACCGACUGAUAAGGAGGAUCGGCCGGCGACGGAGGUGAAGAUUGUGAAGGCGAGACUGGUGAGGGAGGAGGAUAUGGAGGCUUGACGUCGACGGGGGGAGUGAGUGAGGGACUGAGAUCACGGAUGAGAACGGGGGUGAGGAGUUCAAGUGCAUGUGGGCCUGGAGAGCUCGCUGAACUACUUUUUAGUCAAAAUGAGCUGCCGCAUUGUUGCGCCCAUUUAUAGUAGUUGGGAUAUACCAAAGGACUCACGAUCAACCUCAUCUUGUCAGGCAAUUUAAAUGCAUCACACAGCUGUGAAAGACAAGAGAAACGUGUGGCCAGGUAACUCUGAUUUCAUCCUGGUCUGACUGACGUGCGUUGCCCUAUCACGGCAGAAAGCUACUUGUUUGACACAUAUUGGGUCGGUAUGCGACAUCUCGAUUAUCCUCUAAGGGCUCUGUCCGAUUUCCAAUCCUUGAGCAAUGUCUAUUUUUGGGACAAGAAUAGGGUAUAAUGUAUAAAUGCGUGUAUAGGUAACGCC